UUAUAUGUGUGCAAGUGCAUGUGUGACUCAUCUUUUCCUCGCGCGCGCGGAACGUCGCCCGACGUUGAUCGAAGAUGGCGGCGAAUGGCGGCGUACGUCUCCUGCUCGUAGGAGUUUCGUGUACUUUUCUCUUGAAACUAUGCAAUGGCGCGGCGACGGACAUCAAAUUGGAUGCCAAGGCUCAGUUGUUGCAUCGGCUCGACAGUCUCAAUCUCUUGCUUUACACGUUCCUAUUGAUUUUAACCGUUUUAACGAUAUGGAUGUUCAAGCACCGCCGCUUGAGGUUCCUCCAUGAAACUGGGCUGGCUGUCAUUUACGGCUUAAUUAUAGGAGCGAUAAUACGCUAUGGUUUCACAACGAGCAGCACCAUCCUGCAUAUGCCGGUGGUUCCAGAUAACUCCAGUAAAUACAAUCAGUCUGUACCACCGGACACGCUAUGGUUACGUUUCCCGGAAGAUAAGGGUGGUGGUGUCGUAAAGAACAAAACAUUCGCGUACUCGUUUCGUGGCGAAAUUUACAAGGAAGAUAAUGAAAUAGAUUUGAAGGCGACUUUCGAUCCUGAAAUAUUUUUCAAUAUCAUAUUGCCUCCCAUUAUCUUUCAUGCUGGAUAUAGUUUGAAGCGUAGAUACUUCUUCAGAAAUCUAGGUGCAAUUCUCAUGUAUGCUUUGAUAGGAACCUCCAUAUCAGCUUUUGUUAUUGGAGCUCUGAUGUAUGCCUUUGUACAAUUGAUACCACAUCUCUCUACGUCGUUCACGUUUCUGGAUACUUUAUACUUUGGCGCUCUGAUAUCGCCUACGGAUCCUCUGACAAUAAUAUCCAUCUUCAACGAUCUACAUGUAGAUGUUAAUCUUUAUGCUUUGGUAUUUGGCGAGAGUGUGUUGAACGAUGCGGUCGCCAUUGUACUUAGUGGCUCAAUACAGAAUUACGCUGAAAGAUACCAGUCGGGAUCGGGCGGUUUCGAGACUGUAGCGUUCUUCCAGGCGUUUGGAGACUUCGUUGAAAUAUUUAGUUUGUCUCUCUUUAUCGGUGCUACGAUGGGGUGCAUCACUGCAUUAUUGACCAAGUUUACCAGGGUUCGAGAUUUUCCUCUUUUAGAGUCGGCGUUAUUCGUCUUAAUGUCAUAUAGUACAUUUUUAAUCGCCGAAGCUACUGAUCUUACAGGCGUGGUUGCCGUCCUCUUCUGUGGAAUAUGCCAGGCUCAUUAUACGUACAACAACCUGAGUCUGGAUUCGCGUCAACGCACGAAACAACUGUUUGAGCUGUUGAACUUCUUAGCCGAGAAUUUUAUAUUUAGUUAUAUCGGCGUAUCGAUGUUUACCUUCCCAAAACACCAUUUUGAUCCUGGCUUUAUUUUCGCAGGAUUCCUAUGCGCGUUAUUGGGUCGUGCGGCUAAUGUUUAUCCGCUAUCUUUCAUACUGAAUCUGGCGCGAAAGCCGAAGAUAUCAUUAAACUAUCAGCACAUGUUGUUCUUCGCAGGAUUGCGUGGUGCUAUGAGCUUCGCUCUUGCCAUCAGGAACACCGUAUCAGAUGCCAGACAAGCUAUGUUGACCACAACUAGCUUAAUUGUUAUAUUGACUGUUAUUCUACAAGGAGGCGCAACAACGCAAUUUUUAAGCUGGUUUAAUAUUCCAGUCGGAGUAGAUGAGGAAAUAGAAGGACUCUCUCAUAAUGGAACGCGCAGUUCUGGCGGCGAGGGUGGCUACAGUGAUCUGGACAUACAUAGGGGAAGAAGUCCACCGGACGGAUCAUUGCCAGGCGGUGGCAGUAGCAGCGGUAAUAUCGGUAAUACGAAACCUAACGAGAAGGCGUUACUUGCGAGAAUUUGGGGCGAUUUCGAUACCAGAUACAUGAAGCCUUUGUUAACGCAUUCCAGGCCUACGUUAUUAGAAACGUUGCCGGUCUGUUGUAGUCCGUUAGCGAGAAUUCUCACAACCACACAACAAAUGACGCAGGACGAGGUUGCGAGGAAGGUCGAUUCAGAUUCGGACUUCUGCUUGGAAGAUCGCGAGAUGGAGCGGCGCAGGACUAGCGUUCAGCCGGUGAGUUUCCAUCAGCCUCAUCUCAAUUAUACUGUUAAUCCGUGCUAUCAGCCUAACAACAGCACUACAGACGUUGGCACUAAUCCGGACGAGCCCUAUCUGGGGACCGUGAUGAUGAUGGGAGAAGUUAGUCCGGGACCACUACCGCUGCACACACGAGUCGCCCUGCCCGGUAUGAUCGGCAGACACUUAUAAAAUUUUUUUUAUAGCCAAUUGACCGUUCCGUUUCACCUCGCUCAAUCAUUUUCGUACAAUUCCUGUCAAAUUAUCAGUUAAAAAUCAGCCGCACGAUGAUUUUCGAUUGUAUAUAUUUAUUGCUGUUGUAAAUCAAUAUUGUAAGUCUCAGUUAAAAAGUUCUUCACCUAGCCAAAACGACAAGGGUGCCAAGAACCGUAUUAAUUACAAUCAAUUGAUAAUAUCCGAUAUCAUAACGUGCUGCCGAUUUUGAUGAAGAGUCUUUCUAAGCGAUUGUAUACUGCAACCGAUAUUAGAAACUCGCGACAGGAUCUCUAAGAAUCAUAAUCGGAAUUGCUGUAGGACUUUUUAAGAGCUGGUCGUGCUUCCUGUGCAAUUUUUAACAGAAUAGAACGAGAAAAAAUGAAGGAUAUUUUAG